AUGCUGAAUGCCAUUAGAUUUAUAGCAGGUGGCAGUAAUAAUGGCACUGGAUACUGCUACUCUAUGGAUUUUGUGUAUUUACCGGCAGAGGAGUCAUGUACGUGGCCGGAUGUGAUUGGGUCAGGGAAUCAACGCAAUGAUUAUCAUUGCAAAUGCGAACCAUCACCAAGGCCAGAUGUGAACACACAAUGGAGUCAUGGGUGA